AUGACUUGUCCAGAACUGAUAACGUUUCAAUGUAUCGGUGUUAGUCUAUAACAUGCUAUACAGUUACACACUUCCAUCUCGCCUUACAGUCUUCAAGCUUGACAUCGUGUCAGGACAACACAACAUCGUGUACACGCCCACUGAAUAUAUGGUGCCGACAUAGACGUAAACCUUACAAAGACACUGCCAUGCCAUUUAUCACAGCAAGUGUCUGCACUUUAUAUUUCUUCGUUACGUCAUUGGUUUUUACAGUUUAUGGAGCCCUCGACGCCACGACGUACCCAAAACUGUCGGCCAAACACAGGCUGAUGCCGGAGUUAUUUGGCGAUUACAACAAGAACAUCCUUCCGUCCGAGAACAACACCUCGCCUGUAACAGUGUAUGUGUACGUCCACCUGUUGGACUUAAUAGAUCUGGACGAGAGUACCGAGACACUUGAGGUACUUUAUUGGUUAUGGCAAGACUGGCGAGAUGUUCGUCUCCAGUGGGAUCCGACGAAAUACUCCAACGUGACCUACUUAACUGUCCUGGCCAGCUCCAUCUGGACUCCAGACAUUAUGCCAUUUAACAGGUAAGUAUGUUUGGUUUUGUUUAACGACACCACUAGAGAACAUUGAUUAAUUAAUCAUCGGGUAUUGUAUGUCAA